CCAAAAUAGACCCGCCGACGAGAGAGAAACGAUACCGAUGGCAGCAUAGCUAUCUUCUGGUCGGUCCAGUAAGUAGUCCUGGCAAGGUCUGAUCGUUAACCGAGCGAAAACCGCAGGUAUCCCACAGCGACAGACCUUAGCCACCGCUAACACCCUUCGUUCCGAGGAUUCGAAGGAUCUGAACCCUUGGUUUGUCGAUACGAAGAAGGAGGAAAAUUCGAAAGAAAAAAAGUGAACAACUGAAACGGAACAAAGAAAUGGAGGGAAUUAAGCUCGUCGGAUUCAUCUUGGCCCUAUCCUUGGCUGCUCUCGUACCAUGCCUCGAGGCUCAUAUCGGGGAGUUCGACGAGUACUGGAAAAAGCGCGCGGACGAGGCCCAGAAGCAUGCUCUUGACGCAUAUCACCCCAACCCUGAAAACGUCACGGCGCAUUUCAAUUCGCGGGUUCACAGGGUCUUAGACAGAACCAACAUUACAAGGAGGCAAUUGAGCAUGCACAAAUACGUCGGCCCGUGCCUUGCCACGAAUCCGAUCGACCGCUGCUGGCGGUGCAGGAAGGACUGGGCAAAGAACCGGAAGAGGCUGGCCAAGUGCGUGCUCGGAUUUGGCCGCAGGACCACAGGAGGCCUGUACGGUAAAAUCUAUGUUGUCUACGAUGGCUCGGACGACAACGUGGUCAACCCAAAGCGCGGGACGCUCCGCCACGCCGUGAUCCAGAAGCAGCCGCUGUGGAUCAUCUUCGCACGCAGCAUGAUCAUCAGGCUGAGCCAGGAGCUGCUGGUGACGAGCCACAAGACAAUAGAUGGCCGGGGCGCAAAUGUGCACAUCGCCUAUGGCGCCGGCAUCAUGAUCCAGUUCUCCAGGAACGUUAUCAUCCACGGGCUCCACAUCCACGACAUCAUCACAAAGCCCGGGGGCUUGAUCAGGGACUCGUACAACCACUUGGGGUUCAGAACGAGGAGCGACGGGGACGGCAUCUCCAUCUUUGGCUCGACCAACAUCUGGAUCGACCAUGUGUCCAUGGCAAGAUGCCAGGAUGGGCUCAUCGACGCCAUCCAGGGAUCGACAGCCAUCACUAUCUCGAACGGCCACUACACCCACCAUAACGACGUGAUGCUCUUCGGCGCGAGCGACACGUACCCGCAAGACAAGAUAAUGCAAGUGACGGUCGCGUUCAACCACUUUGGUCGGGGGCUGAUUCAGCGGAUGCCGAGGUGCCGAUGGGGCUUCUUCCACGUCGUCAACAACGACUACACCCACUGGCUCAUGUAUGCCAUCGGGGGCAGCUCGCAGCCCACCAUCAUCUCCCAGGGCAACCGCUUCAUCGCCCCGCCCAACUUGGCCGCUAAGGAGGUGACCAAGAGGGAUUACGCAUCGCCGGACGUUUGGCGCAAAUGGACGUGGAGAUCGCAGGGCGACCUGUUGAUGAACGGGGCCUUCUUCGUGCAGUCGGGGCAGCCGCUGAAGAAGAAGCCGUUCGGGAGGCUCGACAUGAUCAAGGCGAAGCCCGGGACGUUCGUGACUCGGCUCACCCGCAUGUCCGGCACUCUCGGUUGCAAGCCUAACCGCCCGUGCUAAGUUUAGACACUCGGAUAAACAUCGCUGUACCAUCAGAGUGUUUUUGUUUGGUUUGGACGAGAGCAGAAUGGGAGAUGAGAGAGGAAGGACCAUUCCAAUUUGAAUGUUGAUGAAGCAAAAUUUCUUUAACUUCUAA